GCACCUACAGACGUCAACGCCCGACCUUCUGCAGCAUAACUUAUACAAUAUACGAUAUCAAGCAAAGCAGAAAUCUUUCUUACAGUAGGGUUAGAGUAGACAUAUUGCACAACCUUCCUUCUCUGAGCCGCAACCUACCAGCCUACGGCCACGAGCGUUCAGAUCUCGACAACCGAUAUCAUACAAAACUCUUCAACAUGGUGUACCUUAAGACAAGCCAGGAAUGGCUCGACCAUUCCAUGGCACUCCUGGAAGCCCGCCCCUUAACCACAAGAAUCACCACAUCAUACAAGAUCACACCUGGUCCAACACGACCUGAUGCCGACGGCGACACAGUGACCAAGCCCUCGCGUGGCUCCCUAGUACUCAAGACAUUCGAUCCUAUCAGCGGAGUCGUCAUCAAGUACCGUACCACAAAGGCCCAGGAGGUUACUCGUCUCAUUCAUGCCUCGCUGGGUCGUUUGGGGAGAAGUCAGGCUGCUGUACCGGAUGUGCCUGAGGUGACGAUGGCAGACGCCGAGGGUGUAGAGGAGCCACAGGCUGCCACGUCCACACCGCAGGCGGCACAAGGGGGUGGCGGUGGGAAGAAGAAGAAGAAGGGCAAGAAAUAGGACAGUGAGAAGCUGAUGGUGAUUUUGUUCAGAGGAAUUUAGCGGGGAGAAUAUCCGUGGUGGCCGACAUGCUUGCUGUAUAUGAGGUCUUGAAUUUUGACGGCAUUGUCCUGAGAUACCAUAACUUGGGUUCAACAUCAGAAAUCCACGCUACAAAUAUCAACAAAAAGAAUUAAAAUUGUGUUUGGA